ACACAGUUUACACUUUGUGUAACAGUAUAUGUAAUGACCUACUGAUGCAUGUCGAUACCAGCCAUAGGUCAGACAGUCAUUGUUUUAUUUAUCGUAAGCGAGGUAUGACACAUUGAAAGAGAUCUGUGUUACCGUAGAUACGUCCUUAGACAAUAACAAACGGAAACUAGUCGAUCAGUGUGGAUCGAAUAUUAUAUUUGUCUUUGUUGACAAAUCGUUUGACCAAAUACACAUACUGGAGAAUUUGCAACAAUGGCAUCAGGAGUGAAAGUUGCAGCAAUGACAGAACAGAAGCCCACCAAGAUGGUUCGACCCAAACAUUGGGAUGAAACAGUGGAGGAAGCGUAUAGGUUUCAAACGGCUGGAUACCGGGAUGCAGUGGAGUACCAGACAUUAAAACCAGACUUCGAGGUAGAUAGAUGGCCUCACAAUGGUUACAUCAAGAAGCUGGUAAGGAAAAAUGGAUACUACAACUACUUCAACAAAGAGCGUGAAUGUCCAGAUAAAGAAAUACACAAAACAAAGAUCUACAUGUACUAAACAUUAGUCCAUCACAAAUCGAAAUGUUUGAAGAUGUUUUAAAAAGAGGACUGAUGUCUGAUGAGACCAGCCAGUCAUGCUGCUGAUCAUGGAUACCUGUGUUUGUGUGGAGAGAGACUGUGUUUAAAUGUGUCUGUCCUGCUACGUUCGGACAUUUCGUAUGUCCCAUACUUCAACACAAUAUAUUUCUGUGUGUUGUACCACAAAGGAACGGACCGGACCGUCUAUAAGAUAUAUGUCAAUUUAGUCAAAAACUUUUUCUUUUUUGCAUUCCAUUCAAGAAAAUAGGAAUUAAUGAAUUUGAGUCUAUAUAAGAAGCCUAUUUAUUGCAAUGGUGCAUUUUACUUACUUACAUGACCCAUCCGGAUUGACAACUUUAUAUGAGCUUUAUCAGCAUAAUCAUACACAUGUGCAUGGAUAUUUUCUGUACAUGUUGGUUUGGAAAAAUCCCAUUAUACAUAUAAAAUACAGAAGUAGGUGAUUUAAAUGAAUGAGUGAAUAAAUCUGCUUUCAUGGACUGCUUAUGGCUGGUUUUAUAUACAAACUUACACAGGCACCACUGCUUGCUCUCCUGACUUCUCCGUGUUGUGAAAUGUGUUUACUGAAGUCAGAUAUGAAAAACUAUAGUAGUUGUUUGUUGAUUAUGACUGACCACAGUGUAAAAGGAUUUUAGAUUUUAUCAACCAUCAUUGUACAUAGUAUUUAAAUUAUCACAUCAUACAAUUUUUUAAUGUGUUCAAUUCAAGGCAUAGUGUAUUUAUAGUCCUUCACCUAAAUCUUAAGGUUGCACUUUAUUGUAUAAGCUACAAAAUGUGUUGUGAUAAAUCGAGUACCUUUAUGUUAUUUGAAAAAUAAAAAAAGUGAUAGAGCAGAACAA